GCGGCUGACGCGUGUCCUGCCCCGCAGCGCUCCGGCGCCCGCAGCCGGCCAUGGCCUCCAAGCUGCUGCGGGCCGUGGUGCUCGGCCCGCCCGGCUCGGGCAAGGGCACGGUGUGCGAGAGGAUCGCCCGCAGCUUCGGGCUCCAGCACCUCUCCAGCGGGCAGUUCCUGCGGGAGAGCCUCGGCGGCGGCGGCGAAGCUGGAGCCCUGGCCCAGCAGUACCUGGAGAGAGGGCUGCUGGUGCCUGACCACGUCAUCACCCGCGUGAUGAUGGCCGAGCUGGAGAAGCGGCGGGAGCAGCACUGGCUGCUCGAUGGUUUCCCUCGGACGCUGGGGCAGGCGCAGGCUCUGGAUGGGAUCUGCCAGCUGGACCUGGUGAUCAGCCUCAACAUCCCCUUCGAGACGCUGAAGGAUCGGCUGAGCGCCCGCUGGGUGCACCCGGGCAGCGGCCGCGUCUACAACAUGGACUUCAACCCUCCCCACAGCCAGGGUGUGGAUGACCUGACGGGAGAGCCGCUGGUGCAGCGCGAUGAGGACAGGCCCGAGGCCGUGGCCGCUCGCCUCAGGAAGUACAAAGAUGCUGCCAAGCCCGUGAUAGAGCUCUACAAGAGCAGGGGCAUCCUUCACUCGUUCUCUGGCACAGAGACCAACAAGAUCUGGCCCUACGUGUACAGCCUGCUGUCCAGCAGGAUCCCACCCAUCCUCUCGGAGGAGGAGCACUAGCCAGCCCGUGCCAAGCACCAGGAUCUCAUUCCAUCCUGGAUGUGGUUCCCAGUGCAGUGCCAGGGCUGUGCUGGGCUUGGGUGUUCAUGGCUGGGUGACAUUGGUGGGUACCAGUUACAGCCAGGAUCAGAUCUUUGUUUGGAAGGUCAAGUCUCCUGGAAUAAGGGGUUUUUUUCCCUCUUUUGGGACUGUGGAGCUUUCCUGCCCGUGGUCCAUCCUGGAUUGGUGGUGCUGACAUUGGGGCAUUGGUCAUUCCAGGUUUGCACAGCUUUGCCAUGGUGUCCUUGCCAUCCCUUUCCAGCCCCAGUCCCUGGCUGAGCCCACACGUGCCAUCCUGCUGCUCCACAGGACCAUUUACUGCUGAGGACUCUCUAGGCUGAGGUGGUCUUUUUCUAUAAAUUAUUUUCUAUUAAAUGUAUUUCUCAGAGAAAUAAAGCUCUAGAAAGCAACACUCAGCCCAGUGGGAAUUUUGGGAGCAACGUGGAAAACGUGUGUACUGCAAAGCUGAGAGAUGUGGGGCUCACAUUUCCAGCAUGAAUACACACAGAAGAGGAAAAGCUUGGAGGUGAAACUCUCC